UAUAGUGAUAUUGCUGAACUGUAUCACGUUAGGCAUGUACCAGCCGUGUUCCGAUGAUGUUUGUGAAUCAAAUAAGUGUAAAAUGUUGCAAAUAUUUGACGAUUUAACGUUUACAUUUUUCGCAUUUGAAAUGGUUGUGAAGAUUACAGCAAUGGGAUUCACGGGGAAAGGUUCUUACAUGGGUGAUUCAUGGAAUCGUUUGGAUGGUUUCAUCAUUGUUGCCGGGUGCUUGGAAUAUUGUUUGGAUGUAGGAAAUAUAAAUCUGUCUGCAAUUAGAACUAUCAGAGUUUUACGGCCUCUAAGAGCUAUAAAUCGUAUUCCUAGUAUGAGAAUUCUUGUUAUGCUACUGCUAGAUACACUUCCUAUGUUAGGUAAUGUUCUUCUUCUAUGUUUUUUUGUCUUCUUCAUAUUUGGCAUCGUAGGAGUUCAAUUAUGGGCAGGACUUCUGCGUCAGAGGUGCUAUUUAGAGCUUCCACCAAAUGUGUCAUAUCUAGGCAAUAUACCUUCAUUCUAUAAAUUAGAUGAUGAUGAAGAACUCGAAUAUAUAUGUAGCUUGGAUAAAGAUGGGGGAAUGCAUCGCUGUGCCAACCUUCCUGCCUAUGAGCAAAAUAAUAUUGUAUGUAAUGGUUCGGCUGUUCCCUCCAGCAAUAACAUACCCCAAAAUGGCACAUGUGUCAAUUGGAAUCAGUAUUAUACAUUAUGUAGAGCAGGUGAUCGAAAUCCGUUUCAGGGAGCCAUAUCAUUUGAUAACAUAGGAUUAGCAUGGGUAGCUAUAUUUUUAGUAAUUAGUUUAGAAGGAUGGUCGGACAUUAUGUAUUACGUCCAGGAUGCCCAUUCCUUUUGGGAUUGGAUAUAUUUUGUGCUACUAAUUGUGAUUGGAUCAUUUUUUAUGAUCAACCUCUGUUUGGUUGUGAUUGCUACUCAAUUCUCUGAAACGAAGAAAAGGGAGAUGGAACGCAUGAGACUAGAACGUGCGAGAUUUCAUUCCAAUAGUACAUUGACAAGUAACAGUGCCUCAGAACCGACAAGUUGCUACACAGAAAUCAUCAAAUAUUUGGCCCAUUUGUGGAGAAGAGCGAGAAGAAAAUUCUGUCGAUGGUAUAGGCACACAAAACGUAAGAGGAGGAGAGAAGAAGUACCACAUGCCAUAUCUUUACGAACAAAACGCAUAAGACCACCUUGGCAACCCGGACAGAGUGCCAUGAAGAGAGUGGAAUCGGUUCAUAUAUCCGAAAAUGUUCCUCAACCGAGAGAUUCGAUCAUUUCGAACGAAAAUUUUGUUCCAAAGCUACAAGAGCCUUCAGACUGCACUAUAGGUACACCAACGAGCGAUAGCCCACCAGCUCCUUGUGCCAGCCCCGAAAUAUCGGACAUCGAUCCUGUAGCAUCACCAAGACGUCCGACAGUACUCAAAGUUUCUGAUCCUGAACAUCGAUGUUCUGGCGCCGAAUGUACGCUCACAAUUGAAGGAAACGGUAAAGAAUUUCAUUUAUUUCAUAUUUAUAGUACAUGUCUGCUUCACAGUUGCUUGGGCAUGUAUCUGUUUGGUGGUAAACUUUGCACUCGGAACGAUGGCAGUGGUCAAUGCAAUUGUGAAGACCUUCGAAGUGAUCCUACUCAAUGUAGCUGCGACAGAAAACAGUUCGACAAUAUACUAUGGGCCACAGUCACUGUUUUUCAGGUGAGAAUUACCUGUAAAAUAUUAGGGUCAACGAGGCAGAAAAAAUACCGGAAAGGAGAUGAUAAGAAGAAGAGUGAUGAAGUAUUGGAGAACACGUCUCCUGGAAGACAUGGAAUGAAAGGAAAUAAAAACCGAAAGUACAUGAUCCAAGAAGUAGAUCCCAAAGACAAUAUUGAGAAAGAAACUAUAAUGCGGCACAAUCAACCAGACAGAUUAAAACAAGGAUGCCAAACAACAGAUCAUUUUUUUCCUCCAAUUAUUACCCACACAGCUGCAACGCCACAAGGUUCACCCUGCGCAAAUUUAGAUCCCGUGUUAAGAGAUUUGAAUAACAGGCUCUCCCCAUCGAGAGCGUUUAAUAUUAGUGCCUCUUCCAUCGAUACUAUUGAUAAAUCAUCAAUCCCUCCAUCCCUUCAUAUCCAACAAUGCUCUCCAUCUCAAUCCACAUGUGGUGAUUAUAGCCAAGAAAGUGAUACCUUAACGGUUCCUCAAAUUUAUGUUUGUACUUCUCCUUCUCUAUCAAGGAAAAGCAGCCUCGCUAGUAGUAAAUCAAGGAGAGGAAGUGAUUCUUCUUACUCCGAAAAAAAAAGAUCGUCAAGUCCAACUCCUCUACAGCGUCAAAAUAGUAAGAAUAAUAGUUGCAGUUCACCAAAAGUUAGUAGGAGAGGAAGCAUUCACAGUUGGAAACUUAAAAAGAAGAAAAAAAGUGCAAAGGAUAGCUCUAUAGAAUCCGAUAGCGAUUCUUUAAGCGAUGAGGAACAGGAAGUGAUACUUAACAAUAUGAACAAUCAGCUAAACUGUGGCUUCAUCGUCGACCACAGGCAUUGUAACGGCAGACUUCCUACAUUAGUAAACACUACAAAUAAUAAAACUAACAACGUUACAAUUGAAAACACGAUCUCAACAACUAGAACUCCGAGUCCUCAGUAUUCCAUUAAGAAUCAGUAUCCAGAAGGAAUGGGGGAAGUUGUCUCUAUUCCUCACACUGAUUGCUGCUCUAGACGACGAUCAGGAAGUGUUCACAAUUCAAUCAACGACAACGAUCAAAAUCCCAGCAGUGGUCUAUCGUUAGUCGACUCGUCUUUGAAAGAAGAUUUCAAACCUAACAACUUAUCCAAUAUGUCACAAUAUAAAACAGAGAAUACAGCAAAUGCGGAAAAAAUCGACUUUGGAGAAAAGAAGCUUUGUUGGUUUUUUGAAUGGACAGAAUGGAUGAAAGACAGGGAAAGUUUCUCACUGUUUUUAUUUUCUCCGUCCAACCGAGUGAGAAAAUGGUGCACGUACUUGGCUCAUGAAAAAUGGUUUGACUAUUCAAUUCUUGUGUUUAUCGGAUUGAAUUGCAUUACUUUAGCUAUGGAGAGACCAAACAUACCACCAAAUAGUACAGAACGUAUGAUUUUGACGGCAACUAAUUACAUUUUCACUGUUGUCUUCGCAUUCGAAAUGUUAAUUAAAGUUAUAGCUAAAGGUUUGUGGUAUGGAAGCCAUGCUUACUUUAAAACUGGUUGGAAUAUCAUGGAUGGUAGUUUAGUAAUGAUUUCCUUGGUAGAUGUUCUUUUAUCUUUUGUUGCUGAUGGCAGUCCACGUAUUUUUGGAAUCCUAAGAGUUUUUCGUUUACUACGUUCCCUCAGGCCUUUAAGGGUUAUUAAUAGAGCUCCGGGAUUAAAAUUAGUCGUUCAAACACUUUUAUCAUCUUUACGCCCUAUAGGAAAUAUUGUACUUAUUUGUUGUACAUUUUUUAUUAUUUUCGGAAUUUUGGGAGUACAGCUUUUCAAAGGAAGCUUUUAUUAUUGCGAAGGACCAGAUGUGAAAGAUGUUAAAAAUAAAACACAAUGUUUGGAAGACAAACGAAACGAAUGGAUUAACCAAAAAUAUAAUUUUGAUAAUUUAGGCCAAGCAUUGAUGUCGUUAUUUGUUUUGUCAUCUAAAGACGGUUGGGUAAAUAUCAUGUAUACUGGUCUAGAUGCUGUUGGAAUUGAUCAGCAGCCUAUUGAAAAUUACAGCGAAUGGAGACUGUUAUACUUUAUUUCCUUUCUUCUACUGGUAGCUUUUUUUGUUCUCAACAUGUUUGUAGGGGUAGUUGUAGAGAAUUUUCAUCGCUGUCGAGAGGAACAGGAAAAAGAAGAGAAAGCAAGAAGAGCUGCAAAACGUGCACGCAAACUGGAAAAGAAGAAACGAAGUAUGGAAUCUAAGGGAAUCGCUGUUGUUUCUCUUCCUUUUCCGUUCGAUCCUAUAAAUGCCGAAGAGUUGGUGGUUAGAAUAUUGAAAUUAUUAAAAAUGGCCAAAGGUAUACGUGCUCUGUUAGAUACAGUGAUGCAGGCAUUACCACAAGUAGGGAACCUUGGGCUUUUAUUCUUUCUGCUAUUUUUUAUUUUUGCCGCUUUGGGAGUGGAAUUGUUCGGUCGUCUUGAAUGUACCGAAAUAUUUCCGUGUCAAGGUUUAGGUGAACACGCUCAUUUUAGGAAUUUUGGAAUGGCUUUCCUCACUUUAUUUCGUGUGGCCACAGGAGAUAACUGGAAUGGAAUCAUGAAGGAAAAGUAUGAUGUACAGGGGUACAUCAACUAUUCGAAGCCACGUUUAUUCACUCACAACAUCAUCACAAGUAAAUACUUCGACUUAGCAAUUGCAGCAGUUAUUGGACUCAAUGUUGUUACUAUGGCAACAGAAUUCUACAUGAUGCCUACGUCAGUUGUAUUGAAAUUAUUAAAAAUGGCCAAAGGUAUACGUGCUCUGUUAGAUACAGUGAUGCAGGCAUUACCACAAGUAGGGAACCUUGGGCUUUUAUUCUUUCUGCUAUUUUUUAUUUUUGCCGCUUUGGGAGUGGAAUUGUUCGGUCGUCUUGAAUGUACCGAAAUAUUUCCGUGUCAAGGUUUAGGUGAACACGCUCAUUUUAGGAAUUUUGGAAUGGCUUUCCUCACUUUAUUUCGUGUGGCCACAGGAGAUAACUGGAAUGGAAUCAUGAAGGAUACUCUUCGUGAUAACUGUGACUCAUCGAGUGACUGUAUAAGAAAUUGUUGCGUAUCCCCGAUCAUUGCACCUUUGUACUUUGUUAUCUUCGUUCUGAUGGCUCAAUUUGUUUUGGUAAACGUCGUAGUGGCCGUUCUAAUGAAACAUCUGGAAGAAUCGCACAAACAGAUGGACGAUGAUCUAGAAAUGGAUGUAGAAAUUGAAAGAGAAUUGGCAGCUGAAGCCGAAGCGAGACAUAGAAAAGCAGCGCGAGUGAGACAAAAAGAGAGAGGAAUGCCACAUCGCACAUUAGUGAAAAUGUCUUCUCUACCAGCCAAUUUUACAUUUACUUUUCAAGAAGACACGGUUGAACCGUCUUUGUUAUCAGAUGAGUGUGGAGUAUCUGUGGCAGCAGUGACCAUCGAAAUAUCGGAAGCUCCCUUUGACGAUGGUAUUCAGACAGAAGUUAGCGCAGAAUCUCCAUUAGUCGAUACAAAUGUAAAUAUAAAACGAUUAUCUCCUGAAGACCAUCAAAAACAAAUCACUACUUUGGAUCAUAGUCUAAUUUCCAUACCAACAGAAGAGAGUCCCGAUAAAUUGGAUAGUCAUCAAAAGCCACAACGACCACGUGAUAUUCCUCACUUUUUUGUGCCCGAAGCAAAUUUAUCAUUAACACCAGAAGCUACCCUAACCAGUGUUUCAACUGGUUCUCCGACACCUCAGGAAGUACAUUCGACAUUCGAUGACGACGAUUCAGGAACAUCAACUCAGUGUCUUUUACAGACUUAUCCAGAAUUAGGUAAUGGACAAAGCCCAGAUUCUGGUUCGUGGAAUGUCUCUAGUCAUUCGGAAAUGGCAUCAGAAUCGUGGCCAAGGACUACAGAUACAGAAAACUACGAAGAAGACGAAGAAAUUGAAGAUCCUUUUUCUAAUAUACACUUCGCUUUUGAUGAAACUAGAGGAGAAGAUGUAGUAGAAACACGACAACAGAUCCAUUCAGUUCUUCAAUCUGAAAGAACGCCUACACAAGAAAAUCAGGGCAAUUGGACAAUCAGUGAUUCAGACACAUCACCAGACUGCUAGCAUAAAAUAAAUGACAAUAUUUGUUGUAUAUAGUGUAACUAAUAAGAAAUAGUACGAGCACUUUUCUUUUCUUUAAACAACAACAAAAAAUAUAUAUAUGAACGAUGAGUUGUGGUUGUGGUUUUCUUAAAUUCACAAAAUCUUUAGUUUCGUGUUUACCCAAGUCUCUACAAUGAGGCAAUUUUUUAUAACCUAUAAAAGAGCAUUUUUUCUGGAAAAGAAUGCUUGAAAUAAAUACUGUAGUAGGAAAUCAAAAACAAAAAAAAACAAAAACGAAAAUCAUAUGAUAUCCUAGAGGCUGAUAUCACAAAUAAAAAAAAACAAUCAUUCAUGUUAAUAUCAUAGAGAAAUAAUUCGUAUUAUGUAAAUGAUGUACGUGUUACAUGUGUACACAAUCUUCAAACAAAUCGGUCUAGUCCAUAAUGUUUCUCAAAUGUAAGAAAAUUGAAGGAUGAAGAUUGGCUUCUUAUAUUAUUAUUUUUUCUUCUUUUCUUUGCUAUACGCACCAUCCUGAAUUCCCUAUGCACCGAAAAAUGCAUCAGAUAUUGUUUGCACUGUUCAACAACAAGAAAAAAAAUCAUUUAAUUUUUUCAUUGAACUAGUGACGUUAUCAAGUUUUCUAAAAUUAUGGUUAUUAGUGUAUUAAAAUAAAUAUGUUGUGCAACAUAAGAAAAUGAAUAGUAUAGUUAGAUGAAAGAGUAAAAAAAUUAAGAUAAAGUAUUGUAAAAAUAUAAUGAAACAAGUGUUAAACACUACACUAUGC